UCCUUUCCUCAAGCCAAGCUUGACCACUAUGCUCUUGCGUCAAUUUUGGUUGGCCUCCUUUGAUGCUGUUGUUCUCCUGAGCCACCUCAACUAUGCAAUAUGCAUAGUUCCACAAUGGUGUUCAUAAUUUUCCACAUUCUGACCGUUGCUUGCAUUGAGGAGAAAUGUUUGCCUAGACAACAUGUACCUUGUAGAAAUUCAAUUUUGGCUUCUUGCUCUUCAGAAUUGCAAUGUCACCACCUUCUUUUACCAGGAUGUGGUGUCCUUGCCUAAACUCGCAACUCUUAUCAGAUACUACUCUGUACAUUGGUUUUAUUUAUACAGCAGUUGUUACUUUGCUUCCUGCUGAAUUCAAUCCCUUGCCUCUUGAAUCUUGUGGGAACUGCUCUUUCAUUAUCGCUGCCCUUGUAGGCAUGACAGGCUGAGUAGACAUCUAAUAAUCAUGAGUAGAUCAUUCUAAUAAUGAUCAAGCCGAAUAAAUAAUGUGCAAGUUUGAAUGAGCACCAUAAGGUGACCUGCCAAAUUGGUGUGGUUUUCAGUGCAUUAUGUGUUAUUGAUGCUACUGAUAAUUAUGAUGCUGAUUAAUUAAUUAACAAAUGAUACAAUUCUCUCUCUCUGUUUUAGAGCAAUGGAUGAAAACAGAACCUCUUGUACCUCCAUCCCAGACUAUCCCACCACAGACUUUGAUUAUGACAACUGCACAGGCAACUAUUCGAACUAUUCGGAUUUUGGCAUUGAGAUGUGUGAUCCAGAUAAAAGGCAAGAGUUGACCAUCAUGGCUGUCCAGAGCACAGUCUUCCUCAUCACCUUCUUCCUUGGUUUAAUUGGGAAUAGUUUGGUGAUUGCCACAUUCACCAAGUAUCGUCGCCUCCGUCUGCGGUGCAUGACCGACGUCUUCCUCUUCUAUCUUGCCAUUUCCGACCUGCUGCUGCUCCUGACUUUGCCACUGGAAGCCAGUGAAACCUUCAUUGGCUUCUGGGCAUUAGGAAACGUGAUGUGCACGCUAAACUAUGGCCUCUGUGCCAUUAACACUUAUGGUGGCUUGUUGUUGCAAGUGUGCAUCGGCAUAGAUCACUACCUGCUUGUAGUACGAGCCAGGACCGCUCAGGCACUACGUCAAAGUAUGUUAUGCUACAGUAUAUUGUCUGCGAUUGCCGUGGCAGUGACCUCUAUUGUCCUCAGCCUGCCAGAGCUCUUGUUCACUUCUGUGAAUGAAAUUUCGUUGAGGUGUGAGUACGUAGGGUACGAGGGUGACAGAGGGAGGGUGAAGAUGUGUGCACGUGUGGCAAAGAUUACAGGUUUAUGCGUGCCAUGUUUUGCCAUGCUGGUGUGUUACAGCACCAUCGGCCGCGUGUUGAUGCAGGGCCGGGGAAAAUGCUUUCGCAGACAGAAGACACUGCGACUCAUAGUAGCACUGAUAGUGCUCUUCCUGUUGUUUCAGCUGCCAUACGCCAUGGUGCUGUCUUUCCGAUUGUUCACAUCCAGUUAUUCAUGUAAAAUGUGGUCUGACAUUCACCUGGCCGAGGAUGUCACCCGCAGUCUUGCUUAUGUCCGUUGCUGCCUCAACCCACUGCUCUAUGCUCUUGUGGGAGUAAGAUUCCGGGGUGAUGUGAUGAGGUUGCUCCAUGAUUGUGGUUGCAUCUGUUCUUGUCUGUCACAAAUAACAAGAAACCUGCACUAUGGAAGCUCAAUGAGUGCCUCGUCUCCUCCUCCUACUAGUACGAUAAUGCCCUUCUCUGAUGUUUAUUCACCUGAAAUCAUACCUGACAAUGCCAAGAUCGAAAAUCCUGAAGGUAUGCCACUGACUGGGGCCAAAGAGUCAUAUCCACCCAACAUAUUUUUCCCUUCUACUUUCCCAAACUCACAGAAACCUGGGGACAUUGUUUUUUCAACAUAUACCUGCCAGUGA